AUGCCAGAGCUCACCGCAGAGCUCGCCGCGAGUCGUCACAUCGGCGAUGCGUGCGCGCUCAGGGCGUGCGCCAUCACGGGCGUCGCCCCAGAUGCGCUGAAUCGCGCGUCGACGUCCUCCGGACGGCCCAUCAAGCGCUUGGACUUGACCGAUAACGCGUUGACGUCGCUUGAGAACUUGAAAUCGAGCGAUGUGACGUGGUUUUCGUGCGCGAAUAACGCGCUGAGUGGAGACGCGCUCGUCCCGCUCGGGCGCGCGUGUCCGGCGGUGCGCAUCUUAACGUGCUCAGGAAACGACGGAUUGCGAUCGCUGAAGGGGGUUGAGAAGAUGAGAUCCAUAGCCGCCAUCGUGUGCUCGCAGUGCGGGAUCGAAGACUUGGAAUCGGUGAGAGGAUUGAGAGAACUGAAUACGCUCGCGCUCGGGUCGUGCGCGAUUCGGGACGUCGGCGACGCGCUGAGCGAAUUACCGUCUCUUCGAAAGCUGAACCUGUCGAAACAGCGCGAUGGAAUUCGUAAGUUUGGUUUAGAGGCGCUGAAGUCAUCCCGAGGCCUUCGUGAGUUGAGGUUGUCGCACAACGCGUUGAAGACGGUUCCGGCGUGCGUGCAGCGGACGCCGAAUUUGCGAAUCCUGGACGUCGGCCAUAACCAAAUCGCAGAUUGGGGGGACGUCAGCGCGUUAUCGGGACUGGAGAAAUUAGAGCAACUCACGAUGCGUGGUUGUCCGAUAGCGAGUGAUCCGGCGUACGUCCAGCGAAUCGCUCGCAUGUGUCCCGGGCUGAAGUUGUUGGAUGGGAGGAAAAUGCGAGACGCGCUUCGGGGAGAGGAUCGAGAGCCGACGAGGGAUGAAGAUGAGGACGACGGCGUGGAACCAAACCACAGAGAAGAAGAAACCGGUGAGGAGAAGCAGGAGAUGAAGCAGAAGCAGGAGAAGAAGGAGAAGAAGGAGAAGAAGCAGAAGAAGGAGAGGAAGAAGUUGUCCGCAGAGCCGUCUUUCCUGGAGCUCAUGGCGCGCAAUAAGGGGAAAAUUUUAGAAGGCGGGGGCGCCGAAGUGGACGAAGACGAAGAGAAGGAUGAAAAAAAGCGCACAGGCGUGAUUAAGAUCUAUGAAAAUAAAGAGUUGAAGCGCCGAGGACCGUGCGGGAGCGACGCGCUGAAGACUUUGUUUGCUUCGCGCGAUGCGGGAAGCGGUCAGGCGAGCGCGUGGGACGAGGAGGACGACGACAAGGAGGACGACGAGAGGACGAAGGAGCCAAGGAAGAAGAAGACGAAAAAGGAGAAUCCAUCGGAGAAACCGUCGUCAAAGAAAGAAUUAAAAGAGAUGACACCCGAGGAGCGGAAGAAACAACUUCGACUCCAGCGAAAACGCGGCUACUGA